AUGCAGGCCUCAAAUCUUGGUACCUUUACGCUUCCGCAGCUGGUCAACGAACCAUUUACCUCGUAUGGACCGGGAUCCCCAGAACGAAAACACCUUACCCAAGCGGUGAAAGAGUUGGAACAAGGCGCACCAUACACAGUCUUUCCAAAUGUGAACGGCAAAGAUGUAGAGAGUGAAGCCACGGAACAGCAGCUCUCACCGUUCCGACAUAGACUCGUCCUUGCAAAAUACCCAAGCUCGACGCCGGAACUUGUCUCGCAAGCAAUCACCGAUGCCCUCGAGGCGAAAAAGAAAUGGUCCCGGACUUCGUUGCAUGAGCGUGCAGCCAUCUUCCUACGGGCGGCUGCACUCCUCCAAACGACUUACAAGUACAAGAUGAUGGCAGCUACCAUGUUGGGUCAAGGCAAGAAUGCUUACCAGGCCGAUAUCGACUGUGUUGCCGAGUCCAUCGACUUUUUAAAAAUCUUCCCAAGCCUUGCAGAGGGCCUGUACAAGACACAGCCGCCGUUCAACGCUCCUGGGGUGUGGAACCGCACUGAAGUACGCCCAAUCGACGGAUUUGUUUACGCAGUGUCACCAUUCAACUUCACGGCAUUGGCUGUCAACUUGGUGCUUGCGCCAUUGAUCGUGGGUAAUGUGGUGGUCUGGAAGCCAAGUCCAGGUGCCAUCUACUCCAGCUGGCUAUUCCACCAAAUCAUGAUCGAAGCAGGCAUGCCGGCCGGUGUGGUUCAGUUUCUCCCCGGAGAUGCCGACGUUAUUACAAAGCAGGUGUACGAAAGCAGAGACCUGGGUGGAUUGCAUUUCACAGGCAGCACAGCCGUGUUCCGCAGGCUCAUCCAGAGGCUCGGGGAAAAGAUCAACUAUUGGAAAUCAUACCCGCGCAUGGUGGGCGAAACCGGAGGCAAAAACUUCCAUCUGAUCCAUCCCAGCGCCGAUAUCAAAAAUGCAGCACUGAAGUCUCUGCGAGCAGCAUUCGAGUAUCAGGGCCAGAAAUGCAGCGCUCUGUCCCGCAUCUAUGUACCCGCAUCUGUGGCAGAAGAGUUCAAGUCGAUACUGGUGUCUGAAACCAAGAAGAUCACAAUGGGAGAGAAGUUCACCGACUUUGCCGGCCCGGUGAUCAGCCAAGCAGCUUUCAAACGUGUUUCGACGUACAUUGAAGAUGCCAAGAAGGACUCUGAAGUUACAAUUCUCGCGGGCGGAGAGUAUGACGACUCGGUUGGUUGGUAUAUUCGGCCGACUGUGGUUGAGACAACGAAUCCUCACAGCAAGUUCAUGAGAGAGGAAAUCUUUGGUCCUUUUGUCUGCAUCUAUGUCUACAAAGACGUCGAAUUCGGUCCCAAACUCUUUGAGCUCAUCGACACGACCUCGGAGUACGCAUUGUCCGGUUCGAUAUUCUCCCGCGAUCGUGCGGCCGUCACUGAGGCGACUGAGGAACUGAGAUUCUCCGCUGGCAACUUCUACGUCAACGAUCAAUGCACCGGAGCCAUGCCUGGACACCAACCAUUCGGCGGCUCUAGAGCCAGCGGUACCAACGACAAGGCUGGAUCAAGUGGUCUUCUGACACGGUUCAUCUCCCAACGGACGAUCAAGGAGAAUUUCUAUACUAUCGACGACUUUUUGUACCCGUCCAAUCAAGAAGAGUAA